UCAUCCCGGUCCUCCUUGUCGUCCCUGGCAGACGAACGAGAGUGGAACCGCUCCACGCCAGCAGCCAGUCAGUCAGCCCUGCUCAUCCGCUCUCACUCGCAAGGUUGGGCACGCUGCUUUGAGCUGCACCCCGACUGGCCCUCUCCGAGGCUCUCAGCACCAGAUGAGGUCUUGGUGAGAAAUCUUACCAUGGGUCUCAACCCGGUAGACUGGAAGAGCCUGGCUUACAGAUUCGGCAUUGAGCGCUUCCCCUGGGUCUUGGGAAGGGAUGUGUGUGGUGUGGUAGAGAGUGUGGGAGAGGCUGUGGAGAAUGUGAAAGUCGGCGAUAGAGUCUGGACCUGCUCCGACUCUCGCGAUAUCCGUGCUGGAGCAUACCAAGCCAAAUCAGUACACAAGGCCUUCACACUUGGCAAAAUUCCCGAUCGAAUCUCGGAUGACGAUGCAGCUACCAUUGGCACUGGGCUGGUCACCGCGGCUGUUGCACUUUACUGGUUCUUUGGCAUUGAACGGGCACGGGAAACAGGUGCGCAUGUCUCUCCUACGCUUGCGCCCAGUCGUCAUACCCGCUGGCUGCUCAUCUUCGGUGGUGGCGCAGUCACCGGGCUGUACGCUCUACAGCUAGCCCACCUCUCUGCAAGCAACGUCAAAGUCCUCUGCGUCGCCUCUCCCUCUAAUUUUGCCUACCUACAGUCUUUGGGUGCGGAUGCUUGCAUCGACAGGUUCCUCUCCUCUGAGGCCAUCCUACAUAGUGUGAGGGACAUUACAGGUCAAGAAGGAGUGGUGGAUUGGGCAUUGGACUGUGUGGGGAGCUCAACGGCUGCGCUUUGUCAGGAGAUACUCAGCACCUCUCGCCGAGCACUAGGAGAGGGAGAAGGUCAAGAAGAAGCAGGCCAGCUCAUCUGUCUCGCCGGGAACCCAAAGCGACCUCGCGAAGAGGAAGAGGUCGAGAAGUCGAGGGCUGCUGAACCUGCUGCACCACGAGCCAUUACCAUUCACCGCAUCUCCUUCUCCACGACAUACUACUCCUCGCAACCCUUUACCUCCCAGCUCCUGCAAGACGUGCACGACCUCCUCGCCUGUGGCUCUCUGAGAACAGUCCAGCCUUUGAUCAUUCAGGAUGGACUUGCAGGAGUGAGAAAGGGAUUGGAGAUGCUGCGUGAUGGAGAGUGUCCGAGGACGAGGAAGCUGGUGGUGAGGAUGGAGGAGACGCCAAAGGAUCUAGAGGUGACGGUUUUGGGGCAGAAGGAGGAGUUGGGAUGGAAUGGUUGUGUGUAA